AUGAAGUUCGUGACGAUCGUGCUUCCCGUCACCAUCGCCCUGGCGCUGGAUACGCUAUUCUACGCCGGUUCGGGCAGAAAGCGUAUUUUCGAUUCUAUCUUUCAAAAGAUUGACGACUCACGGCAAGAGGCGGAGUGGCUUGCUCUCCGCAGAUCGCUUAAGCCAGGCGACGUGACAAUCCUCGAGUACGGAGGCUCUGUUCAGGGCGCUGAAUCGUUUCUUCAGGAUCCUGCGGGCGGCGUCUACACAGGGCUGAUCGACGGACGUAUUGUGAAACUGCUGAAUGAUGAUGAAUACGUCGACAUCGCAUGUCUGGGCCUUCAGUUUCUUGACCCUGUUGCCGCAGCCGCGGGCCCCGACAAGACGCUCCUGGUGGUCGAUGUUUUCCGCGGCUUGUUGAAAGUGCCUGUGCCUCUUGCGCCUGACGGCAGGCCUCUCCGCGACCCUUCCCACUUUGAUGUGCUUCUCAGUGAGGCCGACGGACAGCGGUUCUACUUCGCCAAUGCGCUGCUCAAGCACGACGACUGCGUCUACUUCACAGAUUCCUCGCGCACCAACAACUUCGGCACGAAAGGCCGAAUCAUCCUUGAGCCGGAGUCCACGGGCCGCCUGAUUGAAUUCAAUCUUCGAACGAAGCGCGCCAAUGUUCUGCUGGAAGGCUUGGACUUUCCCAACGGGCUCGCGUUCUCCCCCAAUCGACAGGCAAUUCUCAUGGCUGAGACGAAGCUGCGCAGCAUCAAGAAAGUCCACAUCGCGGGCCCCAGGAAAGGAGAAGUGGAGGAGUGGGCGCGAGACCUGCCCUUCACUCCAGACAACAUCACAGAGCUUCCGAACGGCCUGGGCUACAUCGUCGGCUCGGCGUUCAUGAGGAAGCUGCCCUCCGCGCGGGAGGCCAGCAACUCCACGGCCCUGCGGAUCUUGAGGGCGCUGCACCGCCGCGUGUCCAACUACAUCGUCUUCAACCACCGAAAGACCGUCGGCAGGAUUCUUUAUCCGCUGACAGAGGUUGAGCUCCUGAGCCACAUCGUCGACUGGCUUUUGACACGAAUGGGCGCAGCGGGACAUCUCUUCCUUCUAGAUGAAACAGGCAAAGUUCGACGCUGGAUUGCACUGCCUUCGAAAUGCUCGGCGGUAUCCGAGGGGUUCCUGGCGAGCUGGGACAAGGUGGUGCCGGAAGGCCACACGCCGCUGUCGAAGGAUACCCACUUCCUCCUCGUUGGGUCGUUCACGAAAAGUGCAAUAUGCAAGGUUCCUCUAGGCGCGCUUCUCGACCCGAAGUAG